AUGAACCUAACUGCACUCAAAGCUUUCGUGGGCUUGCUCUGGAAUUGCUGGGUUCUGGUGGGUCACGCACAGGGAGGUUUAGGAGACAAUCAUGUCCAUUCAAGUUUUAUUUACAGGAGGCUGCGGAAUCAUGAGAGAAGGGAGAUUCAGAGAGAGAUUCUCUCUAUCCUGGGUUUACCUCACAGACCCAGACCAUUUUCACCAGGAAAGCAGGCUUCUUCUGCACCCCUCUUCAUGCUGGACCUGUAUAAUGCCAUGACAAAUGAAGAGGAUACUGAGGAGCUGGAGUAUUCACUGAAGGGAUCAAUGGCAGGGGAGAGCAGAGGGAUACGGAAAGGAUACCCUGCCUCUCCAAAUGGAUAUGCACGGAAAAUACAAUUAUCUCGCAUGACCCCCCUGACCACACAGAAUCCGCCCUUAGCCAGCCUGCACGACACCAACUUUCUGAAUGAUGCUGACAUGGUCAUGAGCUUUGUCAAUUUAGUUGAAAGGGACAAGGACUUCUCCCACCAGCGAAGGCACUACAAAGAGUUUCGCUUUGACCUUACUCAGAUCCCGCAUGGAGAGGCAGUGACCGCAGCUGAAUUCCGCAUAUACAAAGAUCGAAGCAACAGCCGCUUCGAGAAUGAAACCAUUCAGAUCAGCAUAUAUCAGAUCAUCAAGGAGUAUCCAAACAGGGAUGCAGAUCUGUUCCUCCUAGACACAAGAAAGGCUCAAGCUUCUGAUGUAGGCUGGUUUGUGUUUGACAUUACUGUGACCAGCAACCACUGGGUGAUUAAUCCACAGAACAAUCUGGGCUUGCAACUCUGCGUUGAAACUGAGGACGGUCGAAGUAUCAAUGUUAAAUCUGCUGGCCUGAUUGGAAGGCAUGGGCCUCAGUCAAAGCAGCCAUUCAUGGUUGCAUUCUUCAAGGCAAGCGAAGUGCUUUUCCGUUCUGUCCGAGCAGCCAACAAAAGGAAAAAUCAAAACCGCAACAAAUCCAGUAGUCAUCAGGAAUCCUCUAGAAUGCCAAGUAUCGGGGAUUAUAAUACAAGCGAGCAAAAGCAAGCCUGUAAGAAACAUGAACUUUAUGUGAGCUUCCGAGACUUAGGAUGGCAGGACUGGAUUAUUGCACCGGAGGGCUAUGCUGCGUUUUACUGCGAUGGAGAGUGUUCUUUCCCUCUCAAUGCCCACAUGAAUGCAACAAACCAUGCCAUUGUUCAGACUCUGGUUCACUUGAUGUUCCCUGAUCAUGUACCAAAGCCAUGCUGUGCACCAACAAAACUGAACGCAAUCUCCGUGCUCUACUUUGAUGACAGUUCCAAUGUCAUUUUAAAAAAAUACAGAAAUAUGGUGGUGCGUUCAUGUGGCUGCCACUAAAAUAAAAAAUAAGUUAAUCUAAAGCACAGGGUUUUAUUCAGAGUUGUAAUAAAGUCAAGAUAUGAGACUUGCUGAUGAAAAGGCAAUCCUAAAUUUAUUCCAUUUCAUGUCAUCUCUCAUUUAAAUGUACAGUAUAAUGUAUAUAGUAGCUUUUAUUUAUUUAAAAGUAUAUCAUUUCUUUUGUAUGAACAAAAUUCCAAACCCAUUUAUUUUAUGGGUCACUUCACUAUGCAGUAGAAAUUCACUAAUUUUCCAAUUGACCAUAAUGGAAUCCAUUUCAUUCCACUUCAAUAUUUUAAAGUACAGUCUUUGUAGAGAAAUUUUUAAAGGUAGAAACUCCAGAACUUCUGUAACUGCUUUGUAUUGUUAAAGGAACUAAAAAUUUGGUCACAUUGUGCCAAUGAAAACUGUGGUGGGGUAUUUACUUAGAGAAAGGCACAGAAAAAAAAACUAAACAAAACUGCUUGUCUAAACAUAUUUUUUCUUUCAGAUGUUCUGCUCCAUUAGAAAAAGUGAAACGUUGAACAGUGCUUAAGUAAAUAAAUAGUAGAUAGAAAAUAGAGGUGAAAAGAUUGCACAUAAUUGUUCUAUUUUCUUUAACAAGAUGAGUGUAACUGGAGGAGUAUGUUACUUCUUGGCUUGUGGGCUGCAGUUUGCAAAAGGCUCAAAGCUUUGGGAAUUCUGUGCAGACAGACUCUUGCCUCUAUCUGUGACUUUCCAAGUUAAGACUAAAAAUUGAACUACAACAUUCUUACCUCAAACCACAUCAGUUUAUUAUCCACUAUAUUGCUCCAGAAAAUGUCUUAACAAUUACAGCACAAGGUAAAAUCAAACAAAGAAACCCACGCAAGCCUUCCCAUUAUAUACAGGAGCU